AAGUGUGGGAGGGUCUGUGGGGCGGGUUCGGGGAGGUCUAGGAGAGGAUGGAGCAGUGAGCGGGUUGGGGUGACUGCUGGCAGCGCUAUGGAGACGGUGCAGCUGAGGAACCCGCCGCGCCGACAACUGAAAAAGUUGGAUGAAGAUAGUUUAACCAAACAACCAGAAGAAGUGUUUGAUGUCUUAGAGAAACUUGGAGAAGGGUCCUAUGGCAGUGUGUACAAAGCUAUUCAUAAGGAGACUGGUCAGAUUGUUGCUAUUAAGCAAGUUCCCGUGGAAUCAGAUCUGCAGGAAAUAAUCAAGGAAAUUUCUAUAAUGCAGCAGUGUGACAGCCCUCAUGUAGUGAAGUACUAUGGCAGUUACUUUAAGAACACAGACUUGUGGAUUGUGAUGGAGUACUGUGGGGCCGGUUCUGUGUCUGAUAUCAUUCGAUUACGAAAUAAAACGUUAACAGAAGAUGAGAUAGCUACAAUAUUACAGUCAACUCUCAAAGGACUGGAAUAUCUUCAUUUUAUGAGAAAAAUACACCGAGAUAUCAAGGCAGGAAACAUUUUGCUAAAUACAGAAGGACAUGCAAAACUUGCAGAUUUUGGAGUAGCAGGUCAACUUACAGAUACCAUGGCCAAGAGGAAUACAGUGAUAGGAACACCGUUUUGGAUGGCUCCAGAAGUGAUUCAGGAAAUUGGGUACAACUGUGUGGCAGACAUCUGGUCUCUGGGAAUAACUGCCAUAGAAAUGGCUGAAGGAAAGCCCCCAUAUGCUGAUAUCCAUCCAAUGAGGGCAAUCUUCAUGAUUCCGACAAACCCUCCUCCCACAUUCCGAAAGCCAGAGCUGUGGUCAGAUCAGUUCAUGGAUUUUGUGAAGCAGUGUCUCGUAAAGAGCCCUGAGCAGAGAGCCACAGCCACUCAGCUCCUGCAGCACCCAUUCGUCAAGAGUGCCAAAGGAGUGUCAAUACUGCGGGACUUAAUUAAUGAAGCCAUGGAUGUGAAACUGAAGCGACAGGAAGCCCAGCAGCGGGAAGUGGACCAGGAUGAUGAAGAAAACUCAGAGGAAGAUGAAAUGGAUUCUGGCACAAUGGUUCGAGCAGUGGGUGAUGAUAUGGGUACUGUCCGAGUAGCCAGCACCAUGAGCGAUGGAGCCAAUACUAUGAUUGAGCAUGACGAUACCUUGCCAUCACAGCUGGGCACCAUGGUGAUCAAUGCAGAAGAUGAGGAAGAGGAAGGGACUAUGAAAAGAAGGGAUGAGACCAUGCAGCCUGCAAAACCAUCUUUUCUUGAAUAUUUUGAACAAAAAGAAAAGGAAAAUCAGAUCAACAGCUUUGGCAAGAGUGUACCUGGCCCACUGAAAAAUUCUUCAGACUGGAAAGUACCACAGGAUGGAGACUAUGAGUUUCUUAAGAGUUGGACAGUGGAGGACCUUCAGGAGAGGCUCUUGGCUCUCGACCCCAUGAUGGAACAGGAGAUUGAAGAGAUCCGGCAGAAGUACCAGUCCAAGCGGCAGCCAAUCCUGGAUGCCAUUGAGGCUAAGAAGAGACGGCAACAAAAUUUCUGAGCGAGACUGGGCCCUGGGCUUUGGUGAAUUCUGGAUUGCUCGUCUCAUGUUUGUCAGCCAGCACUUAUGCUAUGUCAUUUGUCCACAGCACCUUUGUGAACUCAGGAAUGUGCGCCAGUGGGAAGGGCUACCUAGACGGUCAUUGUGCCAUCUUGAUGUGUGUACUUACAUUGGCCAGGUAUAUUAUUCCGAAGAUCUAUGUUGGCGCUUUUAACUCGAGUUUAAAACCCCAGAAACAGAGACUCUUAGUUGAUAGCUGGGAAAAUUUUACAUUAUCUUUUUGUUUUUCUUUUCCCAGUAGUUUUUGAUUGUUCUUUCUGGAAAGAUUUUUUAAAAAUAUAUAAAUAUACAUAUUAUAUAUAUAUAAAUUAUAAAUAGAUUCCCCACUCAGUGUGGUGGCAUCUCUGUACAGGUACAGUUUUAAUAGUUCGCCUCUUUUCUCUAAGAUUAUGGUACUGUGGAACAUGGGGGCUGAGGACAUCAGGAACCUGCUGGGGAUCAGGUCACUGAAUCCUGGGAGCCAACCUCACCCUGUGUAGGGCUGCAUGUAAAAAUUAGGCUUGGUUUCCACCAUGGUUUCAGCCUUGUGUGUUCAUCACUGGCUUUUGGAGCUGACAGUGAUGCUCAGGACACCUGGAGACUUUGUGUUUGGUCUCUGAGUCCCAAGAGAAGCCUAGUACCCCUUUUGCAAAUUGACCUUUACUGUUUCAGUGUCUUUCAUCCAUCUCCGUUCUCCCAGCUGCCUAAAGUCACAUCACAGAUGUUUCCCAGUGCCUUAAGAGGAGAGAUGAUCUGGUGAAGGGACAGGCCAGCCAGGAACUCUCAGCAAACACAGGGUUGUGUUCAGUCCACAAAAGGAAAAGGAUUUUGAAGCUCUCGUUGUUCAUGUGAAAAAUUACACAAGUGGCGUUUUGCUCCACAUUCCUUAGGGACGGGGGUACAGGGCAUUGCUUUUUUAAAAAAAAAUCCACAUUCAAAUAUGUGACUCUUUUCUUUUUUCUUUUGCUGUUAAGAGGUCUGGAAGUAAAAAUGAAUAUUCCAAGAUGCUCAGUCUGAACAUACAGAAUGCCAGACUUAGAAGGGACCAUAAUAAUCAUAAUGAGAAGGGGAGUGACAUGGCCAAUGUCACAGUCCAGGCUACAGCAGGAGCAGGGAUUAGGACUCAGGGCUCCACUCUUGGGAUACUGAACUGAGCAGCCCCUUCCCUGAGGAAAGAGAUGUGUGCUUGGGUUAAGUUGUCCCAGGGAUCCCAGCUGAUAGAAAACUGUUCUUGCCUUGCUUCUUUUUAGGUGACCUGGCUAUGAAAAGAUUUCCCCAGAGAACAGCAUCAGUGAGUCCGUGAGGUCUGCUGUGCCUACCCAAUAGCAGACAAGCACACACAGACAGAGGUAGGGCCGGAAGCACAGCAGAGGGCUUUGCAAAAGAUAGCAGGAAGCCAUUUUCCUGCAGCUUGGCUCAGAGCCACACUCGGGUACACAGAAGAGAGACCACAAUUGGAAAAGACAGAUGUCUUUUUAUUUCGUUCUAAUAUCUCUUCCUUCAGAUAGGGGAGCCAUGACGAGGUUGUACCAAACAAUAUUGUAAUUUGACUCCACGGUUGCUUUUGCUCCCUAAACCCGAGAAUCAAUGGAAAGGCAGGGGUAGUUGUUCUUCUGUGAUCAUAUUCUGUUCUUUAUAAUUAAAGCAAGUUUUUAAAAAUGCAAAAGGUAGUUGGUCUUCAGGGCUCAGCCGGUGAAGUAGCUGUGUGGUAGACAAAGAAAAUAGAGGGCAAUUUGAGGAUCUUGAGGGAAUAAUAAAUGGCAGCAUUUAUUGACCACUAAUAUAUGCCAAGCCCUGGGCUAGGUAGACUUCAAAUUUCAUAAUAGUCCUGUGGGCUAAGUGUCUAAUGUCCAUUUCAUAGGUAGGAAAAUGGAUUUGGAGAGAAGUGUUCCUUCCCAAGGCAAUAUAGCUAGUGAGUGGUAGAAUCAGGGUUAGCAUUACUCUAUGGAACCAUGUGCAGCCAUGUCUAACUUGCAGCCCUCAGGCAUAACAGAUACAAAAAAAAGAAAUUUUGUUACUUCUAUAUACCAACUAUAUUUUAUAUUUUUAUGUGCUCUAAGACUCUUCACUCACUGUGGCCUAGGCAAGCCAGAAUGUUAGACACUCCCAACAGAGAAAAAGGAAGUCACAAGUCUAUUUAAAAUGAAAAAAUCAUCUUUUCUUGCACAGAUUAAUUCUAAGUGGCAUUUUUAGGUUGGAAAACAGCCGAAUUAAUAGGUCUGAUAGCUAAGUAAGUUUUAAAAACUAAGCUUGCAUACUCCACAUCACUUUGCUGUGCCUUAGUCUCUUUUCUCUUUAAACAAAGGGACCAGAGAAGAAGGCCUUUUUCUUCUUUCCUGAGCACAGUCCAAGUAAAGCAAAGCUAAGUUUUUCUCCAUGAAUAUUCUUAGGCUGUGGACCUUGAUCUGGAGGUUAUUUUGUUUUAAGCAUAUGUAAACCCAACAGUAGUGGUCCAGCAAGUCCACUGCUCAUCAGUCUAGCUAGGCAGAGCCCUUUGGUCAGAAAUAAAAUUGUUUUGGAUCAGAUAAAUUUCCUGGCAAUAUAUAUUUGCUUUCUAGUGACAGAAAGGCAGAAGAGCAACUCCUCUUCAUUUUUUUCUUGAAUACUAAAUUCAAGAUACUACAGUUUUCACUGAGCUUAAGCAUGUGUCUCAAGCUUCCAGAGAACUCAGGCUUUCUGGACUUCCAAGAAACUGUGACCCAUACCUAUUGUAUCUUUUUUAAAAUCCCGUAGUCUCUAAAAAAAUCUUAAUUUCUCUCCCACUAGUAAACUUGAAUCAUCUUUCUAUUUUUAUUUCUUUUUAUUCCUUUGCCCAUCUAGCAGUUGGAUGGAUGAAAAUUUGGCUGAAGGAGAAGGAUGGAUGGACCGAAGGAUAUGUAGCAUGAAUGAACUAAUGAUCCAGUAUUCUGAAGUAAUUUAUGAACUGUAGACUUGACUCUUUGAAACUGUCGUUUCAAACUAGGAAACAUUCAUUGGCACCUAUCAAGUGUCAGACAUUUAUUAUACCAUAUAAAACUCAGUAGCCCAGUCUGGCAUCAGAAAUGAGAGUGAUGACAUCAAUUUAGAUCCUGUAGAUGGUAAAAGGCUAAUAACAGAAUCUUAUGAACAAGUUUCUGCUGAUACAUUCAAUAAUUUAAAUGGAAUAGACAAAUUCCUGGAAAAAUAUGAAGUACCAAAACACACUCAAAGAGAAAUAGAUACUCCAAAGAGCCCUUGAUCUACAGAAACUUAAUAGCUUUGAGAGAUACAAGUAUUACUCUCCUCCUUUUGCAGGUGAUGAAACUGAGGCUCAGAGAGGUAAAGCCUGUUGCUCAAGGCCAUCUCACUAUAAUAUAGGGGAGCCAGGAUUUACAGCCAGGUUCUCUGGUCCUUAUCCAGUGUCCUUUCUAACCUACCACGUUGCCUCUACAGAUUGCAGCUCCUUAUUUGUGGGGGAAUUGUUCCUGCCCAAUCCAGACUCCCCACUGCACCCUGUGCUUUCCUAGCACUAGGUUUAUGUUUUAUCAGGAUUGCAUUCAUUGUCUUUGGAAUCCAUGUUCUUGUUUGUAUUGGGCAAAAAACUCACCAGCUUGUACUGGGACCAACUUGGAUUUAAAAAUAAAAAGCUUAAAUGCUGUUGUUAAUGUACAAUUUAAAAUGUGAAGUUUGUAGCUUUAAUUUUUUUGUAACAGAAACUAAUAACACUGGCUUAAGUGCUGACGAGAUGCUAUUUUGUAAGGUUUGGAUGUAAAUAAUCAUUUGAGGUCAGCAGUUUGUAUAUGUAUGAGACAUAGGCUCCUCUGUUGCCUUUUAUUUUCUUUUUUUAAAAAAUUUGAGAUGCUUCCUAUAUACUUUUAUGUUAGAUUUGUUGUUCUCCCUCCUCUUUCUUCCUACACCUUGUCAACCUUUGUUUUAAAUAAACUGUCCGUUGGACCACA